AUGCCGUCUUUUCUCAAAUAUAUUCCACUAAAAGUAAUCAGCUUAUUUGCAGGAAAAAUUUCGAAAAAAGAGUUGACGCAUUCGUCAAAAACUGAUAACGGUCGAGGUGCACUUUUUGAAUAUUUUCUUGAACAAAAUAAUUUACGUCGGGUGGCUGUACAUUCUGGACAAGUUAAUGGUAGCAAUUAUUAUUUAUUCAUUCGUCCCGACGAAGAUGAUGAUCUCGAUGAUGUUGACGUAGCCAAAUGGCAAUCGAACAAAGAG